AUGUACAGAAAUUUGUGUGCAAAAAAAAAGAUAUUCACGAUCUUCACUCUUUUUUGCUUUACUAGUUACCAAGUGCAUUUAAGCUACUAUAAACCUAAUGCGAGUAGCAUUCUUGAGAACAACCGCUUUCCAAAAGGAAUAUUUCCACGGUUAAGUUCAAGAAAAUAUGCUGAUGGCUGCUAUAAUGUGUACUUAGACGUCGGUUCAAACAUAGGGGUGCAAGUCCGGAAGCUUUUUGAACCUGAGAAAUAUUCAGGGGCUUUAAUACUACCGAUUUUCGAUAUACACUUUGGAAAGGAAAACAGGGCACAAACGACAUGUGCGUUUGGCUUUGAACCGAACAGCAUGCAUACUCAUUACCUACAGGAAGUUGAAUCUUAUCUGCAUUCCAAGAAUUCGAGGUGUACUUUCUUCACUAACACCGCAGCUGCUUUAUUUGCAGGAAAUUCUGUUAUGCACCAUCAUAGUAUUGACUUCGAUGGGCUUGGAGGCUCUCUACUAAUUGAUAAGCUCGAAAGCGAGCAGCGCACCAGAGCGAAACUCAAGAAAGCAUACAUUUCUACAGAGGAGGUCAAAACAAUUGACCUUGGCCAGUUCAUAAAAGAGCACAUACAAUCACGUAAAAUACCUGAUAUGUAUGAUACAAUGAGAAGUCCUCCGUCUGUGGUAAUGAAAAUGGAUGUAGAAGGGUAUGAAUAUGAGCUCCUACCAUCCUUGAUCUUAUCAGGAGCUCUUUGUGGUAUUGAUUUCAUUGUUAUUGAGUGGCAUGACCAGCACCUUGAGAAUUCAAAGUUUGCUUCAAAAUAUCUUGAAAUUCGAAGGGCAGUAGAAGUGAUAAUUAAAAAUGAAAAAAGGAUGAAGUGCAAGACAGUCAUCAAAGAGCUAGACGACGAAUCGUACGCUAAGGACGGGGUUCCAAUGUCAAAACAGGUGUAG